UUCUCUCUUUCUGCAUGCAUGUGUGUAUCUAAUUUGAGAAAGUUCUCUCCUUCGUAUCAUUUUCUCCGUCGAUGUUGUGUGAUGAUGUUCCUGGAUCAAACUGGAGUAGUUACUUCCUGUGUUUCAGAUUCAGCUUUGUUUGAGAUCGACUUAUCUUCUUGCCAAAUUGUUUCGUUUUUGCCCUCAUUGUUUGUUGUUGAGUUGAAUUGUAGUCGGUGUGUCUUACAUUGACUGAUUCGGACGGGAUUUGAAUUGGCCGUCGGAGGCUGGCUUCUUCGGCACUUGGGAAUGGCAAAGGGAAAGCUUAUAUUAAUUUGUCAAUCUGGUGGUGAGUUUGUAAAGAAUGACAAUGGGUCCUUGACAUACACUGGAGGGGAGGCACAGGCAGUAAAUGUUAAUUCUGAAACUUCAUUCGAUGAUCUGAAGUUAAAGCUAGCUGAAUUAUGUAACUUGGAAUAUAAAUCUGUGUCCAUCAAGUAUUUCCUCCCUGGAAAUACUCGGACACUGAUCACUUUAUCCAAUGACAAAGACCUGAGAAGGAUGCUUGAUUUCCAUGGGAAUUCAAUUACAGCAGAUGUUUUCAUUAUGGGAAGGGAAGGUUUUAACAAGGAGGACUUGGAGAUAUAUACUAACAGUAGUACUUGCAGGGACACUGGUGUAAAAGUAGCUGAGUCUGUGAACCCUGUUAUUGCUCCAACACCAAUUACUUCAUUCCUAACUGCUGCUGCUACUCCUGUUGGUACCCCUGCUUCUCAUGUUGCCACUCGGAGAACCUCUGCACGCAAGAAAGCUACUACUGCAGCAACUGACUCUGUAACAGGUGUCAAUGCUACAGCCAAGAAAGGCAAUAAAGCAAAGACUCCCUCAAGUGCUUCUUCAUCAGCUAAUACAGAUGAUUCCAGUAGUGGCUCACCAACUCCAGUUGCUGCCAAGUCAAUUGCUUACAAACCAAUUGAAGUAGAUAUGAGUGCUACCCCUGCUGAUACUGUUAAGAAGCGAAGACGUACUGCCUCCUGGAAAUUUGGUGCCAAUGGCCCAACCAUUGUUGCUGUUGCUGAUGAUGCUGCGCACAAAAGAUCACGAAAAAAGAGUAGCCAAAUUUUGGUGUCUGAUAAUGGAGAUGACAAUGAUUAUGAUCCUGGAAAAUAUGGCAUCGACACUUCUUGUCAACUUACAUACUCUGAUGAAAUGUCCUUAGAAAAACUGGUUGCAUCAUGGAGAGAUGGUAUUACUGGUAUUGGUCAGGAUUUCAAGGAUGUGUAUGAGUUCCGGGAUGCGUUGCAGAAAUAUGCUAUUGCACAUCGCUUUGUGUACAAGUUAAAGAAGAAUGACAGUACACGUGCAAGUGGAAGAUGUGCAGCUGAAGGCUGUUCAUGGAGGAUACAUGCAUCUUGGUUCCCAGCUGCUCAAUCAUUUAGGAUUAAAAAGUUAAAUGGUUCACAUACAUGUGGUGGGGAGUCCUGGAAGUCUGCUCAUCCAACCAAGAAUUGGUUGGUGAAUAUUAUCAAGGACAGAUUACGCGAUUCACCCCAUCAUAAACCAAAGGAGAUUGCUAAUGCUAUUUUACAGGACUUUGGAAUUGAACUGAACUAUACACAAGUGUGGCGUGGGAUUGAAGAUGCCAGGGAGCAACUUCAGGGCUCGUACAAGGAGGCAUACAAUCAGUUGCCUUGGUACUGUGAUAAGAUCGUGGAGACAAACCCUGGUAGUUUUGCCAAGCUUGUUAUCAGUGAUGACAAAAGAUUCGAAGGCCUUUUUGUGUCCUUUCAUGCCUCGGUACAUGGUUUUGAGAAAGGUUGUCGUCCCCUUCUGUUCCUUGAAGCCACACCUGUAAAAUCAAAGUUUCAAGAAAUUCUUCUGACUGCAACUGCCCUGGAUGGCAAUGAUUGUUUUUUCCCAGUUGCAUUUGCUAUAGUGGAUGCUGAGAGCGGAGAAAAGUGGCUUUGGUUUUUGGAGCAGUUGAAAUCUGCAUUGCCGGCUUCAAGAUCCAUGACUUUUGUUUCUGACAAAGAGACGGGACUAAAGGAUUGUGUGCUUCAAGUAUUCGGUAAUGCAUACCAUGGUUACUCCAUAUACCACCUUCUGGAUAGCUUCAAAAAAAGUGUGAAGGGUCCAUUUCAUGGAGAUGGGAAAGGUUCUUUACCUGGUUAUUUCAUAGCUGCUGCCCAUGCUGUCCGACUUGUUGGUUUUAGAAAGUUCACUGAGCAAAUUAAGAAUGUAUCUUCCCAAGCUUAUGAUUGGGUCAUGCAGAUUCCACCAGAGUAUUGGACGACUACAUCAUUGAAGGGUGAGCGCCAUAACCAGAUCACAGAAAAUGUUGCGGAGUCGUACAUUAAGUUGAUGGAGGAGGUUAGAGAAUUGCCCAUUACACAAAAGAUAGAUGCUCUAAUAUCUGUGGUAGGAGAGAUGAUGACUAGUCGUCAAACAGAUGCAAGUCAGUGGUCUACAAAGCUCACUCCACUGAAAAAUGCCAAGCUUCAAGAAGAAACUGUUGAUGCUCGGGGGCUUAAGGUGUUAAUCUCAUCCGACACCCUAUUUGAGGUUCACAAUGAUGCCACUCAUGUUGUGGAUCUUAGUAAGUGGGAGUGUACUUGCCUAGAAUGGCAAACAACUGGUCUACCUUGCCGCCAUGCUAUAGCCGUCUUCAACUACACGCACAAGAAUGUGUAUGAUUAUUGUUCAAAGUACUUUACAGUGGAUAGCUUCCGUUUGACAUAUUCUGAGUCCAUAAACCCUGUGCCUACAAUUGGGAGGCCUGCUGAAAAAGAAGAGUCGACCUCGGACACUGUGCUUGUGCUCCCUCCUUUCCCCUCUCGGUCGCCUAAUCAGCCGAAGGAAAGAGAAGCCAAGAGUCCUGGCACAAGGUCGGUUUCUUGCAGUAAGUGCAAGGAGGAAGGACAUAAUAAAGCUUCUUGCAAGAAUUCUCCAUAACUUAUGGUAUCUCUUGCAUGCCAUUGUGUACAGUUUGUGUAAUUAACUAGUAAGGUAAUCUCUGUAGUUCUGUACUUAGCAAAGCUUGUCUCCCUCUUGGCAGACUGUAGUUAACAUUGUUGAUCUCCAAAUAUGUUUAGUUUUCCAACAA